CAGACUCGUGCUGCGCCUCCCUCAGCAGUGGGAUCAGCAGCCGAGCAGCUGCUCAGCCAAUGGAAAAGUAGGAGUGCUGAAUGGAGCGCUCUGAUUGGUGGAGGCGGUGCUGAGCAGACUGGGCAUGAUUAAAGGGUGGGCACCACAUGCACAGCCACAAUAAACUGCUUCAUCUACUGACUGACAUCUAUCCUGACACACAACAUACGGAUUGACGGAUGUCUCCUGUUUCAGACUCCACCAACAGGGUCAUUCCAGGACCUCAGGAGCCGGAGAAGACCUACCAUCCAUCCGACGGCCUGUUCACUGAUGCACACGUGCCAGACUUUGAUGCAUACCUUGCCAUAUACAAAAAGUCUACAGAGGAGCCUGAAGAGUUCUGGGCUGAUGUUGCUCAAGAGUUUUACUGGAAGAAGCCUCCAUCAGGCCAGAUGCUGCAGUAUAACUUUGAUGUCAACAAGGGGAACAUUUACAUCAAGUUCAUGGAGGGAGCAAAAACCAACAUCUGCUACAACGUCCUUGACCGAAAUGUGCAUGAGAGGAACCUGGGAGAGAAAGUGGCUUACUACUGGGAGGGAAACUCACCUAAUCAUCACCAGACCAUCACCUACAACCAGCUGUUGAGAAACGUGUGCCGAUGUGCCAAUGCAUUGAAGCUGUUGGGUGUGAAGAAUGGAGACAGAGUUGCCAUCUACUUACCCAUGAUUCCAGAGCUGGUGUAUACCAUGCUGGCCUGUGCAAGAAUCGGGGCUGUUCACUCGAUAGUGUUUGCAGGUUUCUCGUCUGAGUCUCUGUGCGAGAGGAUCAUGGAUGCUCAGUGCAACAUCCUGGUAACAGCAGAUGGUGUUUACAGAGGUGACAAGCUGAUCAAUCUGAAGAAGAUUGCGUCUGAAGCUCUGGAGCGCUGUAAGGAGAGGUACGUCCCUGUCUGCUGCUCUCCGCUAUCAGAGGAACCUCUGUUUACAUCAACCUCUCACCCAUCCAUUAUACUCCACAACCUAAAAAAAAAAAAAAUUGCAGCUAUUAUUGUUAACAUGUAUGAUCUGUCCAGUUUGCGUGUGUUAGGAACGGUUGGUGAACCCAUAAACCCGGAGGCUUGGCUUUGGUAUUAUGAUGUUGUGGGUCAGCAGCGCUGUCCGGUUAUCGACACCUUCUGGCAAACGGAGACGGGUGGCCAUGUUCUGACUCCACUUCCAGCUGCUACACCACUGAAGCCAGGAUCUGCCACGUGCCCAUUUUUUGGAGUCCAGCCUGCCAUUCUCAAUGAACACGGAGAAGAAUUAGAAGGCGAGGCAGAGGGAUACCUGGUUUUCCGGAAGCCCUGGCCGGGAAUCAUGAGGGGUGUGUACGGGAAUCAGGAGCGAUUCGAGAGCACCUACUUCAGAAAAUUCCCAGGAUUCUAUGUGACAGGAGAUGGCUGCAGGCGGGACAAGGACGGAUAUUACUGGAUCACCGGCCGGAUCGAUGACAUGCUGAAUGUCUCUGGUCAUUUGUUGAGCACAGCAGAAGUGGAGGCGGCUCUGACCGAACACCCGUCGGUGGCUGAAGCUGCGGUGGUCAGUCGGCCUCAUGCAGUGAAGGGAGAGUGUCUGUACUGCUUCGUCACUCUGAAAGACCACAAAGAGUUCAACCGCACGCUGAUGGAAGAACUAAAGAGAAAAGUGAGGGAGAAGAUUGGACCAAUCGCCACCCCAGAUUUCAUCCAGAAUGCUCCAGGGCUUCCCAAAACCCGUUCAGGUAAGAUCAUGCGUCGAGUUCUGCGACAGAUCGCCCGCAAUGAAAAAGACCUGGGUGACCUUUCGACCCUGGCUGACCCCAAGGUCGUGGAGGUGCUGUUCAGCCAAAGAUGCGAGGCUGCAGCGUGAACGCGGCUCUCUUCCAUCUCUUUUGAUGCCUCUGUGACUCUGUGUGCGGUAUAGACUCUGGGUUUGGGUUAGAACGGGCUCUGGUUCUCCUAGAUCAGAUCUGAUGGGGGGGAACUCCUCUCAUGAUUCAGCUAAAACAAACAAAAAUAAAUCACAAAGUAAAGUGUUUCACAAAACCUCACCUCAGGACACUAAACUUCCCACAGUUAUUAUAAAACAGUCAGAUUUUCUUUGAUUUCUUUUGGGGGUUUUUUCUAUUCUGUCAGGUGAUACAUUAUGUAAAUAUUUGUCUUUGUUUGUGAUGUUUUUCAGUGCCAUGAAAAUUUAUUUGCAUUUGCUUUUAAUUGCAUCCAUAAUUGCAGUUUCUCUCACUGAAUUAUUCCAUACCACUAAAACAAUUUUAUAUUAGACAUCAGGAAAAUAAAAUGUCACAUUUCACGAAAAAGAUCAGGAAUUCAGUUUUGAAUCUUGCAGGCUUGACUAUGUUGAAUUUUUUAAAUCUCAUUUUAUUUUUAUUUGCUAUGAAACAAUUGUGAGAGAAAUGUGCACCUUGUCCUGGAUUAAUAAGCUCUUACAAAAACAGUUGCUAAUGUUACUUUGACAGAAAUAUUAGUUUCAAGUAGUUUAACAGUAAUAAUUGCAUUUAUUGUUCUA